CGCACAACGAACUGCUUCAGAUAAGCUGACUUUAAAUUUAGCAAUAUCCGACUUCUUCGCCUUAACAACCUAUCUCCCAUGGCGAACUUAUCUUCUGAUAUUACGCGAAAAGACUGAACAUUGGCGUAUAUAUACUUCGUUAUUUGUCGUGUGUAUUUUUGCAACAGGUAACGCUGUUCUAGUUAUCGCACUUGAUAGGCUUACGGCUGUUGUUUGGCCAUUGAGGUAUAAAACUUUGAUAACGUCCAAUGUGUCAUUGACUUUCGUUGCGAUUUCAUGGAUUACAGCUAUUGUUUUUGGAGUUGUUCAUGGUUUCAGCUACGAGGUUCAUAUACAUGAUCCAGAAUACGAGCUGUUUUUGUGUUCCAUGUCGUUCGCUCAACUUGCCCUACUCUCUGUCAUUUAUGGUAUUUUACUUAGAACAGCAAGAAAGCAAGGAAGAAAUAUUUCAAACAUGCGAGGUAGUCUUCAAGCGGGAUUUUUUCUCGUAAGAAAAAGUAUGCUAACAUCUUUCACCAUCAUGAUUUUGUUCUACGCGACUUUCCUUCCUUAUUCCAUCUACAGAGUUUAUUCAACCAUCGACGAAAAUUUAACGGACCAUGAAAAAAAUACCGCAUGGCGUUGGUUAACGGCUUUCACUUUUAUAAAUUCCUGCCGUAAUCCUUUUGUGUAUUUCUUUGGAAUGCAAAGACACAGAACAAUGCUUACUAAAUAUUUUCAAGCUUGGUUUGGCAGUUACAGAAAGAGGAAACACGGGUAUUCACCGAAAGUGGUAAACAACAGUAAUGAUAUGGAAGAUCAAGUAUAA